AGCUUCAUUAGCUCUCUUCAAAAUGUAUUUAAUUCAUUUUAAUUACAUUUAGCAGCAUUGUCAAACAUUAUACUGUUUUGAAAUUUGACAGAAUUAGCCAAAAUUGAUCUCUGACUUCUCUGGAAUAUUAAGCAACACAGCUCAACAGUGAAGGCUGCUCUUCCUGACGCGUGAAGCAUGUCAUUGCUUCACAUAAUAUGGGACAGAGCCCGACUGGCAGAGGUGAAUCUUCAAAUGAGGAAACAUGCAGCUGCACUGGUGGAUAUCUCCUCACUGGAGAAAGUAGUGAGGGAACUCCAAAAGGAAGAGCUGGAAAAGAUCAAAGUUGAGGAUCCCAUAGGCCUACUGUUAUGUCAAAAGCGGAUGGAGUUGGUUCAGAUGGAGAACCUGACUCAGAGGAUGAGACAGCUGGAGAGAGAAAACCAGCAUCUCAAAUGGGACAUGGAGACUAGGAGGGAGACAGAACGCAUCCAUCACUCAAACAUGUUGGAGCUGGAGAGAGAAAACCAGCAACUCAAACAGGACAUGGAGACUAGGAGGGAGACUGAACGCGUCAAUCAAUCCAACAUGAUGGAGCUGGAACGGAAGGUGAAAAUGUUGGAGCAGGUAUCUGGACAGCAGAUAACCUCCCUUCACUCCAUUAAUGAGGAGAUGUCUCAGAGGUUAAGAAAAUUGGAGAUGGGGAACCUCAUUAUGAAUGAGGAAAGGAAGGCUUGGAGGGAAAGGGAACUGGAAAUGAAUAUUAAAAUGAAAGAACAACAAUUCUUGAGUCAACAGGAAAUUGCAUCCUUUCAGAAGAUGAAUGAGAAACUGAUUGAAAGGUUGAGAAAACUAGAGACCGAAAACUGGACACAGAAACAAGGAAGGGCACUGGAAAUUCAAAAUAUAAAGAAGGAACAACGGUUGUUGAGUCAACAGCAGAUUGUAUCAUUUCAGAAGAUGAAUGACAAACUGCUUCAAAGAAUGAGCAAACUGGAAAUGGAAAACUGGAGACAGAAACAACAAAUGGAGACUUGGAGGGCAAGAGAACUCCAAGAGAGAGGAAGAGAGGAACCAAACGGAAUGCUGGACCCCAACGUUCAAAUUAACUUGCUGAAAGGAAAGUGAAACAUGCAUGAUGACAGACAGAGAAAUGUCAGAAAGACGCAUGAAAAGUGGCAGGGCCUUGCCAGUGAGACGUACAAAAACUGUGGUGAGGAGCAAAGCCAUGGAGAUGGAAGAAGAGUGCUUGAAACCUGUCCACUUUUGGCCAUGGAAAAGACAGCUCAGGCAAACUCAGAGAACACUCUGAAGUCACCUUUACAUGGAGAUCACCUCUCUCCCAUUGUGGGAAAUGUGACAGCAAAGUGUUUGCCACCCUUACAAGAUCACCUCUCUCCCAUUGUGGGAAAUGUGACACCGAAGUGUUUGCCACCAUUGCAAGACAUGAGCAGAAAUCAGCCAAAUGAUGGUUCAAAGGCAGCAAUGGAGACCUCAAUGAAGUGGAAGAAAAAGACCAACAGACAAAAAGCGACUGAGAAAAGGAAAGAGAAAGAAGUAAAACAACUGGAGAUAGACAGGCAGAAAACAGUGAAAGAGAAAGAGAUGAGGGAUGAAGACAGAAAGAAAGCCACACUGAUUCAGAGACUGGAGGAGGAGAGACUGAAGGCUUUGGCAGAAGUGGCAGCAAUGGUGAAAAAAGGUGUUCUGAAGUAGGCAGACCUGAGAGUAAUGACAUUAUUAUAGAUUCUUUCUUAUAGAUUCAUCGAUUAUUUUUCAAGACAUGUAUCUGUGUGUUUCACAAGUGACAGCUAUUUUUGAUGUUUUACCUUGAAGCCAAAUAAA